UUACUAUACGAUAGUGUUCUUCUUUCUCUCUUUCUCUCUCUCUUUGAGAAAGAUGGGAAACUGUGUAUCGCUAGACAUAUCGUGUGAUCAAACGUUGAAUCACGCUUGUGGCUGCUUAUUCGGUGAUGGAAACUACAUUCACAAAAUGGAAGCAAACCUCAAGGCUCUGGAGAAAGCUAUGCAAGAACUUGAAGAGAGACGAGAUGAUCUGCUAAGAAGAGUUGUCAUAGAAGAAGAUAAAGGUCUGCAACGGCUUUCUCAAGUCCAAGGAUGGUUUUCAAGGGUACAAUGUGUUGGAUCCCAAGUCAACGACCUGCUUGAGGCAAAGUCAACCGAAGCUAAAAGAUUGUGUCUAUUUAGUUAUUGUUCUAAGAAGUGCAUAACAAGCUGCAACUACGGUAAAAAAGUUUUGAACAUGUUAAAAGAAGUUGAAGGUCUUCUAGCUAAAGGAGUUUUUGAAGUGGUGGCUGAAAAAGUUCCUGUACCGAAGGUGGAGAAGAAGCAUAUCCAAACCACAGUUGGUUUGGACUCAAUGGUGGAAAAGGCAUGGAACAGACUCAUGAAAGAUGACAAAAGAACUUUGGGUCUUUACGGUAUGGGGGGAGUGGGCAAAACUACACUCUUGGCUUGUAUCAACAACAGAUUCUUUCAAGUGGUUAAUGGAUUCGAUGUUGUGAUGUGGGUUGUGGUUUCUAAAGAUUUGCAAAAUGAAAGUGUUCAGGAGCAGAUCUUGAGAAGGUUGUGCCUUGACAAGGAAUGGAAACAAGAAACUGAGAAUGAGAGAGCCUCUCGCAUAAAGACUAUUCUAAACCGAAAGAAGUUUGUUCUGCUGUUGGAUGAUUUAUGGAGUGAGAUAGAUUUGAACAAGGUGGGAGUUCCACCACCAACCGGAGAAAAUGGAUCCAAGUUAGUUUUCACCACCCGUUCAAAGGAAGUUUGCAAAGACAUGGAGAUCGAUGAUAUGAUGGAAGUUGUUUGUUUGUCAAAGAAUGAAGCAUGGGAGCUGUUUCAACAGAAAGUUGGAGACAAUCCUAUAAAGAGCCAUCACGAUGUUCUUCCACUCGCAAGAAAAAUUGCUGAGAAAUGUUGUGGCUUGCCACUUGCACUAUGCGUCAUUGGCAAAGCCAUGGCAAGUAAAGAGACUGUACAAGAAUGGCAUCAUGCUAUCAACGUUCUUAACUCGUCCAGCCACGAGUUUCCAGGGAUGGAAGAGAAGAUUCUUGCUAUUUUGAAGUUCAGUUAUGAUAGUUUAAAGGAUGAGAAAGUCAAAAUGUGCUUCCUAUAUUGUUCUUUGUUCCCGGAAGAUUAUGAAAUAGGGAAGGAGAAGUUGAUAGGUUACUGGAUUCACGAAGGGUUUCUUGAUGAAAACAGAAACGAAGAUGGAGCUAAGAAUCAAGGUUAUGAUAUAAUUGGUUCCUUAGUUCAUUCCCAUCUACUGAUGCAUGGUGUCCUCACAUUGACUGUGAAAAUGCAUGAUGUGAUACGCGAGAUGGCUCUGUGGAUAGCAUCUAAGUCUAAAGAAACUUUUUGUGCUAGACCUGGUGCGCAUUUAGGCCAUAUACCAAAAGACAUCAAGUGGGAGCUUGUGAGAAAGAUGUCUUUAAUGAGCAACCAGAUUGCAGAGAUAUCUUGCUGUGCCAAGUGCCCCAAGCUCUCAACCUUGUUACUCCAGAAUAAUAAGUUGGUGGAGAUUUCAGGUGAAUUCUUUCGGUUUAUGCGACUUGUGAUCUUAGAUCUUUCGAGGAACUUUAGUCUUUCUGGAUUACCAGAAGAGAUUUCCAACUUAGGUUCCUUGCAAUAUGUAAACUUAUCAUACACAGGACUCAAAUCGUUACCAGAUGGUUUGAAGAAGCUGAGACGACUAAUCGAGUUGAACCUGGAGUUCACUCGUGAACUUGAGAGUGUUUCCGGGAUAGCAACAAGUGUUCCAAAUCUUCAAGUGUUGAAACUGUUUUGCUCGAGAGUUUGCGUUGAUGACAUAUUAAUGAAAGAGAUACAACUCUUGGAGCACUUGAGGAUUUUAACAGCAACGGUAGAAGAUGUCAUGAUUCUGAGAAGCAUACAAGAAGUGGACAGGGUGGCGAGAAGUAUUAGAAGCUUAUGUCUCAGCAAUAUGUCAGCACCAGUUGUGGUAUUAAACACUAUAGCUCUGGGACGUCUUGAACGGUUUACAAUAUGGAACUCCAAAAUCUCUGAGAUAAAGAUAGAAUGUGAAAGCAAUGGGACUCUUCAGUGUCCAAAUUCUCCAGGCUUCAAGCAGCUUUCGGCUGUACAUGUAGUCCGUUUAGAAGGUCCAAGGGAUUUGACAUGGGUAAUGUUUGCUCAAAGUCUCAAGGUUCUAUCUGUGUCAGGUCCAUCAAGUAUAGAAGAGAUACUGAAUAGAGAGAAAGGAAUGAGUAUUAUCAAUGCGCAUCCAAAUAUUGUGGUGGUUCCUUUCGAAAAGCUUGAACUACUUAGAGCGAGUGAUUUGGAUGAACUGAGGUCAAUCUGCUGGAGUCCUCUGGAUGUUCCAAACCUGAGACAGUUUUACUCCCAAGGCUGUCCAAAGCUUCCCGAAGCUAACACCGAGUGUUUCAGACAUGUGGAGAGAGAGGAAAGUGUUUAGAAAGCGGACACAGCC